AUGAGUGCACCGCCGCCGCCUCCGCCGCAUGGUGAGGCGCCGAGGUCGUCGGGCCUGCCACCAGGCAAGUAUGAUAUCUUCGUUAUACCGGAGCAUUCUGCGGGCGCUGGUUUUCUGUAUCUGCCGUCAUUAAAACCCAGCGUCAACAGCUUCUUCGCAGGUUUUGCCUCAGCUCUCAUAAUGGUGGCUUUGUUCCAAAGCAUGGCGCCGGCUUUUCGUACAUGGUGGGAGACUUUCCAAGGCUUGGGCAACAUGGGUAUAACACUCCUGAUACUCGGUGUCGGAUUUGGUGCUUGGGCUCUGGGACGGACGCAAAAGGACACACCGGGCUCCAACUACCAUUAUCAAAGCUCGUACAGCAGCGGGGAAAGCGGACCGGGUACCGGACCAGGUGGUUUCGCAUCAUCUCCGGGCGCAUCUCCCAACGGAGGAGCUCAUGCUAGGGGACAUGGGGGAGCACCACCCCCUCCGCCGCCUCAUGGCAGUCCUCCUCCUCCACCCCCCAGAGGGGGAGGAGGUCCAUCACCGCAAUCGCGAGCGCAGUCACCGCCGCCUCCCCCAGAGCCAGAGAAGCCGAAAACGUCAUGGGAAAGACCACCGCCCCAGCCUGAUCCGCCCCAGCCCAGCACGCCCCAGCCUAGCACGCCCCAGCCUAGCACAUCCAAACCUGGCUCGCCUAAGCCGCAAACACCAAAAGGGACUUGGGAAAAGGCUCGUGAGGAAACGAGAAAGAAAGAAGAAGAACGGAAAGUAAAGGAAGCAGAACUAAAGCGCCGGGAGGAAGCUGCAAAACGACUUGCCGAACUUAGGGCAAAGGAAGCGAGGGAGAGACAAGAGCGGGAGAAGGAAAGGGAACGAAAGGAAAAAGAGAUCAAGGAUAAAAAGCUCAAGGAAGAGGCUGAACAGCGGCGCAAGGAACUUGUCGAAAAACUCAAGAGAGAAAGGGAAGAAAAAGAAAAACAAAAAGAAAAAGAGGAGCAAAAGAAGAAAGAGGCUACCGCCACGGAAGGAGGUACGCGGGUGGCUAGCACAUAUGCCUUCUCAGGAGCUGGAGAGAAGACGAAUAUGUGGCCGAAUGGCAGGCCAUCCGUUCCACCACAAGCCACCAACCCGCCCAGUCCCGAAAGGAAGCCUCCGGCCCCGACAGCGAGGACAUAUGUCAGUACUCCCGAGGAUGAUGCGUUUUCGUACCGGCCGUACGAUCAACCAAAUAGAAAGAGUCGGAGACCGUCCCUCUCCUCCUUUGCCGGCUCCGAUGCGUCGUGGGCGCAGUCUCACACGACGGCCCGGACCUCACCGCCGCCGUCAGUUCGUGGUCCAUAUUCAACCAAGGACCCUGACAAGAUUGUCAUUCAGGCUGUGUAUCUCUUCAUGAGCCAAUAUUCCAAGACACCAGCCAGUCAACUUAUCUCUGGCGUAGGAUCCGUCACGGAUGGCCUCAUCCUGCGGAUCACGACUGAAGGUCUCUUCAUCGACGACGACGUCCGCGGCGUUCCCCAACGUGAAUGGGACGUCAAGGCAUGGACACUCAAACUUGUCGAGGUAUGGUGCCCCCCGCACUGCUUGAAAUUGCCUGCUUCUGCUACUUCCAACACUUCGUCCGGACCCAAGAGCGCUCCCCAUUUGCUUUAUAAGAUGGCAACAGCCCGAAGAAACGCAGACCGCGACAGUCAAAAGGUGUUGAACGGCGAUGAAGCCGACGCCUAUCUUACUGAGAUGCUGCGUGCCUGCAAGGAUUGCUGCCGUCUUGGUUUGUGCGAGCGUACAUUUAAGAAUACUAACAUUCCGUCUUUGACCGGCCAGACUGGAGUAUGGAAGUCAAAGGGCUUGCACGUCCUCCGUGCCAGCGUACGUGAUCAAGAAGGCAAGAGAUAUGUGUUUGUCAUGAGCGAGGCGGAAAGCUGGAAGCUUGCGUUUGGGCUGCAACGUCUGCGCGGCGGUACGCAGGUUCGACAUCUGGGUGUAGCUGGAAUGACGCCGUCCGAAGCCAGAGGCACAUUGGAGAUGUUGGGAUGGUUGGACUGA